UCAAAACAAUGAACAAAUAUUGUGUUUGUGGACUAAACAGACGCGGAUCAGUAGCAGGCCGCAAACGCGUCCUGUGUGAAACCACAAUGAGUCCGUGCUGCGGACUGCAUACGCACUGCAGACGGAGUAUGUGUGAAACAGGCGUUGCAGGGAAGAUGGAUGCUGCAGAACUAAUAGAACAUGACACAGAACUUGUGCCAAAAAGAAGAGCCUGUUCUGUUGUUUGGAGGGUUUUUGGUUUGCAAAAAUCCGAUGUCGACCGAACAACCAUUUUAUGCAGGUGCUGUCGGGCUAAAAGCACGUCUUGGAAUAUCAACCAGCAGAAAAUGCAUUGUACACCUGAUUAUGCAUGAAAAAAAAAACGUCAUAAACUAGGAAACCUGCAUAAUUUAGAAAAAAACGUGACAUAAUUUUUUUUCAAACCGCACUGCACUAGAAUUAACCCUUUAACCAUGAUUAAACAUGAUUCAUUAAAAUGUUAAGUAUGAUUAAUUUUAUUUUAGAAGUAAAGCUCGUGUUCAUUUGCCAGUCUUGUUCCCUGCUCACCUUCCUCAUGCUUUCCUGUCUCUAUCCUUCUCUGUGCUGUCUAAAAAAAAUGCAAAAACGUAUCAAAUUUAAAUAAUAACAUAAUUUAGCAAAACUGAGUUUGCUAAGGCCCCCUUCUUGAGAACCACUGAUUUAAAAGCAUUUAUAGUUCAGAUGUUGCACUGAAGUGAGGUGGAAUUGUGUGUUCGGUGUAUUGAAUUAUUUGAAUUGAAUUGUAUUGUUUGAUGGCUAUACAGUAUGUAAGUGGCUGUUGAGCUUCAUGUUAAGAACCUUGUUAUUUGAAAUACUGAGUUGAUAUACUCCAUUGUCUGCUGUUUAUAAGUUUCUAUUGGAAACUGAAUAUCAUAAAAUUAUAACGAACAGAGUUUAAUCAUAUUUGCUAUAUGUGACUUAGCUGUACGGAUGUUAGUAGCGAUAUCUGUAAAUUCUUGAAACUGAUAUAGAGUUUCUCUCUGAUAGUGUAGUCAGUUGAUAAGUUUUAAUUGUGAAUGGAGUUCAUCACAUUUGGGUGUGGAAACUGAAAGAAGGAUGUUGAAGGUUGUAAAACUAGCCUUUCUUGUUUAUCCGAAUCUUGUGAAACAAAGUUGUUUUUCUGGAUCCGGAGACGAUGUUAUUUGCUGGAGACUGGCUGUUAUUGCUGUUUUAUUUUUAUUUAUUUAUUUUUUUUGGCUGUGAGAAGUCAGUUUCACAUAACUUUGCAGUUUAACCUUGGUUUGAAAAUGAAAGUUGGGAUCUCUUUUGAAUAUUGUUAUACGGAGCCAGUAGUUGAGUCAGCGAUAACGCUAUUAUAUGUGCCCCUUUUGUCUGCAGGUCCUGUUGUGUGUGCUCCAUCAUGGCUGUGGUCAUCCGAUUACAGGGACUCAGAAUCACAGCUGGUUCUGAGGACAUUCGCAAUUUCUUCACUGGGCUCAGAAUCCCUGAUGGCGGGGUUCAUAUAGUUGGUGGGGAGCUUGAGGAAGCUUUCAUAAUAUUUGCAUCUGAUGAAGAUGCGAGACGAGCGAUGACCCGCUCGGGGGGCUGCAUUAAGGGCUCUCCUGUCAACUUGCUCCUGAGUAGCAAGUCAGAAAUGCAGAGUGUUCUCGAGGAAAGCACUAAAAGGCCUGAGUUAAAAAGCAGGGGCAUGUACAAGGAGGUUGUCAAAAGUCCUUCUGCGGAACGAGGUCCUAUACCAUUCAAUAAGGACCCAAGAGUAGACAUACGGAGGCCGGAUCAUCAAGAGAUGAGGAACAGGCCUUCUCUAUCUUCAUUCAGUGAGACACGGCACCAGAGAGAAGGGAGCGUGUCAGAGAGAGAUGAGGUUUAUCUGAAAUUGACAGGGAUGCCAUUCUCUGCGACAAAGGACAACGUCUAUACCUUUUUCAGUGGGUUACAGAUUGAUGACAUUAUGUUUUUGAGAAACCCCAGAGGACAGUUCAAUGGCCAUAGUAUUGUGCGCUUCGCUACCAAACAGGAUACAGUUGAAGGUCUAAAGAGGGAUCGACAAUACAUGGGACCACGGUAUAUCCAACUAACAAGAUGCUCCGAGGAGCAGUGGCUGGCAGAAGGAGGACUCGUUAAAUCGGACAGUCGGAAAAGAGCGUCCUUAGAGCGAGCGAGGUCUCGAUCUCCCAUUUCCUACAAGUCAAGAUCACGAUCGCCCUCUCAUGAAGAAUACUGCGUCAUGUUUGAGAACUUGCCUUACCUGGUUGAAAAGAGAGAUUUGAGGGUGUUACUUCACCCGGUUUCUUUGAAAGAUGAUCAGAUUAUUAUCUUUGCCCAAAAAAAGGAUGAUAGGUCAAGAUCGGCUGUUGUGGUGUUUAGAAGUCUCACAGACUAUUGUGCUGGUUUGGCUCAUAAUAAGGAAAUGUUGAUGAACAAGGUAGUGUACGUGUCACCCAUCUCCAAGGAGAAAAUGGUCACCUUGUUGGAAUCAUCUGUUGACUCAAGAGAUGAGGGAAAAGAGUCGAGACGUUCCACAGAAAGGCCCCAGUCUCAACGAAACAAUCCUGACUCGCAGUUGAGGUGUCUCUACGUGCGCAAUCUCCCAUUUGACGUCCGUAAGGUGGAGAUCAUGGACUUCUUUCAUGGAUAUCCACUCUCAGAGGAUAGGGUUGUCUUAUUGCGAGACGAAAGAGGAGCUGGGCUCGGUGAGGCUUUGGUGAUUUUCCAAUCUGAGAAGGAGGCCAUGACGGCACAGUCCCUAAACGGACAGAGGUUUCUUGGAUCGGAAGUCAUGCUUAAGUGCAUAACGAUUGGCCAGAUGCAGAAGUUUGGCGUCAAUGACCAGUUGAUGGAUAGCCCACAAGAAAGGAACUUCCAGAGAACUGAAGUUUUCAACGAUGGUCCUCAUUUUUCGAACACUCCGAUGCCCCGAGAUGAUUUUGUGAUGCCGCCUAAUUUGCACCAGGGUUAUGGAGGUCAUGAUCGCUUUGAGCCUAAUUUUGGGUGCAAUGACGCAUUUGGGCCGGGACCGGAUGGUAAUGGACGUCAGUGUUACGGAUCACCUGACCAACAACUUGACGGUCCAAUUUGUCUGAAAUUGGUCAAUCUACCCUCUCAGAUAAGGGCCGAUGAGAUUUAUGACUUCUUCUAUGGAUACAGAGUGAUUCCAGGUUCUGCCUCAUUGCUUUAUGAUAGAAAUGGAGCUCCUAAACGGGCCGCAACGGUAGCUUUCGAAACCCACAGAGAGGCGCUCACUGCUCUUCAAGAAUUAAAUGGACGACCAAUUGGCACCAGAAAAAUUCAGAUUUUGUUUAUGUAGCAAUGCUUUUAGACUACAGUCUUCUUAAUUUCCUUUUUUUAAAGUUGUAUGUGCUUUUUCACUGAUUAACAAGUGAAGAAUUAAUUUUUUUUCUUGCUUUUCAUAAAUCUGCAUUUGAAACACUGUUUUAAUUUAGAUUCAUAUUUGAUAUCUUGACUGUUUGAAAAUAGUGCAUUUGUAUGCAUUUCAGUGACAGUAUCUAGACUCAGUAUUAUUCGUGCUGUUGAUUAUUCCCCCAGAGUAAUGAUUACAAUUUGAGAUUUUACUAAAUAUGUCACCAAUAUAUUUAGUUUUUAGAUAAAAUCAGAUCUAAACAAAUCUUCUUAAUAUUGUGAAAUUGUAAAUUUCUACAACCAGUUGAAUUGUCAGUUCAUGUUUAAUGCUAUUAAAGGCAUCAGCUUGUUGUUCUGAU